AUGGAGAAGAUCGUCUUUUCAUUCUCAGCUCAGGCCAAGAAGAUAGCUGAUGGACUCGAUCAUUAUAAUUCCACCAUCUUAAAUUGUAUGAUUCUCGUCUUAGUAAUCACAUUUCAGGAAUUUCGUUCUUGCUUUUCUUCUUUAAUUCGAGUCACUCUUUCUUUCGUUUUUACUCCAUGUAAGAAGUCUGAUAAUGCUGAAACAACUUCUUCAACGGCGAAAAAUAACUGUCGAUCUGAAAUUGUUGCUACUAAUAUUAAGGCACUAUUGGAUGAAGAUGAUGUUGAGAUUGUACUAGAUACACUAUUGACUUUUUGUAACUCAAACGGGGAUGAUUUUGAUAAGGUAGGAUUGGCUGAGGUUUUUUGUUCGUUCGACGAAACAGAGCCUAGUUUAGAAGAAGUUAAAGAAGCUUUUAAUAUGUUUGAUGAGAAUGGAGAUGGCUAUAUUGAUGCAAAUGAGCUAAAGAAAGUCAUUUACAAGAUGGGUUUCUUGGAAUUUUCAUUGGAAGAUUGCCAGAGGAUGAUUGUGCCAUUUGAUGAUAACACAGAUGGAAAAAUUGAAUUUGCUGAAUUUCUGAAGCUCCUGGAGUAA